AUGCAGGGGACACUGGUUCGAACCCUGAUCAAGGAAGAUCAGGCAACUAGGAGUCCACGUGCCCCAGAACCCGUGCUCUGCAACAACGGAAGCCACAGCAGUGAGAAGCCCAUGCACCCCAGCCAGAGAGGCACCCCCAGCUUGUUGCAACUAGAGGAAAAGCCCGCACAGCAAAAGACCCAGCACAGUCAAAAAUUAACCCACUUCUGGCUUCGAGCCUGUCCUGUGAAUCCACGGCUGCCGGCUGCCCUCCCCCGCGGCAUCCAUCACCCCAACUGUCAUGGAAAAUUAGCAGCACUAAGCCCCCCUAAGUCCCAGCCUAGGGAGUCUCCCGGGUGUUGCAAUGGACACAGAAGGUUUCUUGUUCUCCAGAGAUGA